AUUUAAUCCUUAUCAUCUCACCGUUGAUUUCCCAUCUAAUCCAACGGUCCAAAUCCACGAUCCGCGUACUCUUCUCCUAUUGGUCCAUUUCAAACUCCCCAUUCUCUAUAUAAACUCCAAAAAAACCCCAAUUUCCCAAUUCGAUUUCACUUUCAAAAUUUCAAAUCUCAAUUCGAUUGAAUUAAUUUGUUGCAUUAAUGGCUGGAAGAGGGAAAACCCUAGGUUCAGGAGCGGCGAAGAAGGCUACUUCACGUAGUAGCAAAGCGGGUUUGCAGUUUCCGGUGGGUCGGAUUGCGAGGUUUUUGAAAGCUGGGAAGUAUGCUGAGCGGGUCGGUGCUGGGGCUCCGGUGUAUCUUGCUGCUGUGCUUGAAUACCUUGCUGCUGAGGUUCUUGAAUUAGCUGGGAAUGCAGCAAGGGACAACAAGAAGACAAGGAUCGUGCCAAGGCAUAUUCAGUUAGCGGUGAGGAACGACGAGGAACUGAGCAAGCUUCUUGGAGAUGUGACGAUUGCUAAUGGAGGUGUUAUGCCCAACAUUCACAACCUUUUGCUUCCAAAGAAAGCUGCUGGUUCCUCAAAGGCUACUGUUGAUGAAGAUUAGAUGAUUUUAGUUAAGACAUCUUGUUCGUAGUUUGUUUCUUCAGAAUAGAAUUAAGGGGUUUUACCUAGUGUUUUAUCUUAGCAAAUGUUUAGUUGAUGGGAUUUUGUGUUUGUUUGUGUAUACAAAUGAAUGAAUGAAAGGAAGGAACAAUGUCUAGUUUUCUACCCA